AUGAUCCCAUCGUUAAACUCAAAAAGUUGCAUCAUCAUCAGUGACUCUUUGAGUGCCCUCUCGUCCAUCUCAAAUCCCUACCCUAAAAACGAACUUGUUCAGCUUAUACAUAAACUUAUAUCUGAAAUAAAUAGCACUAUAUGUUUUAUGUGGGUUCCCUCACAUGUUGGCUUACCCGGAAAUGAAAAAGCAGACAAGUUGGCUUACGUAGCCAUUAUGUCUCCUCUCUCCACAAAUAUUAAUCUUCUAACCUUAUCCGAAACUUUCAACAUCAUUCAACACAAACCAAUGGAAGAAUGGCAGAAAUUCUGGUCAAACCUCCACCUCUCCAAAAAACUUAGAAAUAUAAAACUGUUCGUCCAAAAACUAAAAUAUCCUCCCAACAUCAAGAGAAGAGAGGAAGUAAACAUUACCCGAAUUAAAAUAGGUCACUCUCUUUUAACCCACGCCCACCUCAUCACAAAAGAACCAGCACCAAUAUGUAACACAUGCAAUGAGACAAAAACAAUAGAACACAUUGUUAUUAACUGUCACAAAUACACUGAAGCCCGCAAGAUCCUCAACAACCCUCUCACACUUUACCAAGCACUCAACGCAAAAGCACAGCAAUCAUCACAUUUUUAA